AUGCCCGAGAUCGAGAUAAGAAGGUCGUCGAGAAGUAACAAGGGGGUCCACUCACAUCGCGAGAAAGUGGAAGAAGAGGAAGAGGAAGAUGUUUACCAGAGAUUGAAGGCGAAAAAGACCCAAAAGAAAGAGGAAGGAACGGGAACAAGUAAGGCAAAGGCAGAGGCAAAAGCGAAGGAAGAUAGUGAUAAUAAUGACAAUAAUGAUGUCGAGGAGGAGGAGGAGGAGUUUGUUGAUUCCGAUGACGGGGAGAUACGAUGCGGUCCUUGUGGAACCACUACUGAGAACUACGACGCAGAUUCUGAUCCUCACGGAGAUAUGGUUCAGUGUGAAAAAUGCAACACAUGGCAACAUAUCAAGUGCAUGGGCUUGAAGAAAACCAGUCUUGCUGAAAAAUACGAAUGUGACGUGUGCUCGGGAAGUCCAAGAUUGGCGUUGAAACGGAAAAGACCAACUCCGACGAGCACUGAACGGGUGAAAAAAUCGCAGAAAGUUCAACAGGAGUCGGCAGAGGCAAUCGCUUUGGUGGAGAAAGUUGUUAAUCCAAUAGAGGCCUUGAAAAACCCAACAAGGGUAAGCACGGCCAAGGCGUUCUACAAUUUUUUCAAAAAGAGCUAUCCAAGCGCCAAUGGUGCUGAGAUUGGCGAGGAGGAAAAAACGAAAAAGGCCACCGACUUGGCUUUGGAGAUAGAAGAUAUAAUACAAAGAGAAUACCCGGGAAAGGCAUACGUCGGAGAAGGACGCCGAAUAUUGUUUGUGUUGAAGAAGCAAUUUACAGACGAAAUCUUUGCCGGAACUCUAACGUUGGAAGAUUUGGUUAAGAAGACCCCCGAGGAGAUUAACCAGGAUAUUAAGAGAAUCGAAGAGCAGAACAAGCAAAAUAUCAGAAAUAUUGUCUUGAAGGAAAACGACCAGACCCAGAUUGUGAGAAGGACGCACAAGGGAGACGUUAUCAAAGAAAAUGAAAAUGAAGAAUACUACCAAAUGGACGAAAGCAUUGGAGCUAGAGCCGUUGACCAUCGUCGAUUCUCCGAAGGUGGGGCUAGUCCAGCGCAAGUGGUAUUGUCCACGCCGGGCGAGCAGAGUGCUUAUAACAACACAAACCCAAGACUAGAGAGCGACGAUGAGCAUAGCGAUCUUGGCGAUGGGCAUGAACAACAACCACGGGAGGCAAAUCGUGUCUAUCUGAACAACAACAAAGCCAAGGAGAAGGAGGAAAAAGAGCAAGAAAAAAACGGCGACAAUGACGACUACAACAACGACUACAAUAACAACGGGAAAUACGGAGAUGAUCACGAGGACAACGCUGUAAGGUCAACGGAGUCCCUAAGUGACGUAGACCAACGCAGAUCCCCUGAUGCGCAAAGCUUGCAUGCAAUAUUGGCCGGAAAUGCUACUGGUGCUAGCACGGGCACUGGCGCUGUCACCGGCGCUGGAUAUACAGACCAGUCUAAAUUUGAACCAGUCGACGUUUGGCAUGGCUCGAUGACUUUUCCAGACUAUGCCCACUUUAAAGCUGUUGGAAAAUUCUACUCCUCAACCGAUGACAAGGAACACUUUGAUUUCUCCCGGGCAACCGCUAAAGAUAUAAUGAAAGACCACAAAUACACCAUAAGGGGACGACUCGAAAGAUCGCGGUGCGACAAGUAUUUAGAGCAGGUCAUAUCUACGAGGAACUUGUAUUUUGUUCAGAUUCAGCCGGAAGAAGAAAAAGAAGGAGACGACGACGAAGUAGUAUCCGGACUCGAUAGCUCAAAUUAUGCUCGUAACUAUGAUAGACUAUGUAAUUACUUCAUAAAAGAAAACAAAGUUGGUGUAUUGAGUGGCAAACCCGAAUUUGUGAAAGACUCCUACAUCAUGCCCAUUGAUUUCAGAGAUGCUCAUUUGGGAACCGUUAUCAAGAGUCACAAGAGAGAUUUGAGGAUUGGACUAUUUGCCGUGUUUGUUGUGAGCAAAGGUUAUACCCCGGUGGGGAUGAUACUGAGGCUGUAUCCAAAGUCAUCUGUUCCUGCAUCGUUACCAGCUGUGCCUUCGUCACUCCCCCCGAUCCCUUUAUCAAGUUCCAAUAACGGCAGCGGCGGCUACUACGGCGAUUCAAACCACAUGGAAGAGAGCGAUAAUCUCAAGUCGCUCUUGAACCAAUUGAAGUGA